AUGUAUUGCUAUAUCACAAAAUGCUGUUGCAUUUGGUUGAUGAUCUCAUUGGCAUCGGGGCAAUCGAAUUAUGCAGAUCAAGCCAACAACAUAGAGUACCAAGGGGAUGGUUUGCCCGAACAAGGAAUCCUGGAUGGCAAAGUUACCAAACUAGACGACCUAAGUCCAGUGAUAUUUUUAAAUAGAACGAAGGCUGCUUUAAAUUGCGCGGCGGGAUCCAUGCAAAUAGAGCUCAAGUUCAACGACAAGUUUUAUGGGAUAGCGUAUGCUCAAUUCGACAGGAACUCUGCCUGCAGAGUCUAUGGAAAGGGAGAAUACAGCUACAAAUUGGAAUUGCCAUUAAAGGGUUGUGGAACUAAACAAAAUCCACAGCGAGUAUUUACCAACAACAUUAUCGUUAGAUUCCACCCAGGAUUAGAAAUUGACGGUGAUGAAAUUAUAACGAUUGUUUGCAGAUACCCACCGCCGAUUGUUCCACCACCGGCACCAUUACCUAGGAUUGUUCCAGAAGCACCAGUAGCAGCCGUAACUGCGCCCCUCAAGGGAUUCCAAAUUCUUCUGAUCAUUUGCGGUAUUCUGUUUCUGUCCCUGCUGUUGCUCGGUCUAGGAUGUUCCUAUUACUGCUUGAGGAGAAGAAGACCUGUUACAAUAUUCAGGCAACCGUUCUCGUCCGUGGGAACUGGUUCAGAAAUUACGAAAUUAUCGGGUAGUUCGCUGGGUAAUCUUUCAAUGUUCGAAGGCUUAAAAAUACCCCGAGCGAACGUUCCUCCCCUGAUGGCGGCCGGCAGUACGGCCAGCGAAGGCCCCCUAAUGAGCGAUAACCUCCCUUCAGAUUACCCUUCAGAAUCUCAUUCCGAAAUCGACGUAGACACUGGGUCGCUGCCCGUGUCGUCGGCGGGCUCCUAUGAAAAUCAAGCUUAUGUUCAAGAUACCUCGAGCAUCUACAGCGAGGGCUACGGGCACACGCAGGAGCAACAGAUACAGAACGCUGUGGCUAGCCCGACGAUGGUGCCCAGGCUGCCUCUUGCCGUUAAAGAGCAGCCCAAGUUCGACGUGCAGGUUAAGGUUAAAAAGAGCCCCCCGCCGCCUCCCAGUAUUUCCCUGUCAGACUCUGAGAGCACCAUGACCGAUAGGAAUCUGAGUACUAUCAUGGAACAGCAGGAGAGCAUCAGGUUUGUGAGAAGAUCUUUGGACUCACCUCCUGUUAACGAACGAACGCAUUUCACUUACGUACCGGAAUUACAUGCCCCACCAAAGCAUAUUCAACCCGCCCCCACAUAUAAUAAAAUUCUUCGAAGGCAAAUGGAAAUGCAGGAGGAAAGGUUAGUAGCCCCGACUCCACCGCCACCACCUCCGAUCAUACCGAAACGCGAACACAUCGUAGAAGAUAUACCAGACUCCUACGAACCACCGAUAGCUGCUUACCACAAGCCCGAAGUCACUUCACACGUUGUCGACGACGUAUUUUUGAAAACGAUAACCGAAAAGAAGACCAUCGAGGACAUCGAGAGACACAAGCGAUUGGUCACCGAAUACCACACCAGAUCGAAACCAGUCGAGGAUCAAAAAUGGGACGUCACCAUUAGAAAUUACCCGGUGGAAAUGCCAGAGCCUCCAGACUGGGAGAAUUUCUCCGACAUAUCAUCAGCAUCCGGACUGACCCUAACGCCCAAAUUAGAAAGGUCUUCUCUCAGUCUGCCUCCUCAGAACAUCAUCGUAGAUGAUAAAUUACCGCUGAAUGCGCCUGAAAUCGUGGCCAAUUUAGGCCAAUCUCCACAACCUAUAACUAGUAGAUACACAUCCGCCAUGGAAAUGCAAUCGCAAGAGGAGACGUACCUUUCGAUGUUCAACGUCCCCCCGCAGAACCCCGAGGUUCCCAACUGGAACGUCCUCAUUAGGGUAUUCCAGCCCACAGAAAACGAAGAGGGACCGGUUAUAGAAAGCGCCGAAACAUUUAACUCCCAACUAACUACAGCUGAUAAGAUAAAAUGGCGGCAAAUAAUCACCACAGAAUCCACACUGCGCACACUACUCACCGAAUGCGUCGUCAGGGAGGAUUACGAGAAAAUACGAAGCGAUCCCAAAUUCACCAAUUUGUUCGAACCGCCCAAAUGGGACGUUAUUAUACGAAUCCUGGCACCGCCAGAUAAGCCUAAAAGAAAAUGGGACAACAGGAGCCGAAGGAGCAGCUUGCCUACUCUAUACGAAUACGAAUCCGACGGGGAGAGUUCCGUUCGCACUCUCACCCGAGAACCGCUAGUACUUCCGCAACGUUCCAGGAAGAACUCGAGGUCGAGCUACAGAAGCGAAGCUGAUUUGAGGUCUAUGUCGGAGGUCAUUGUAGAUUUUGGACGACAGGAUAAUUAUUCGGAAACCUCGAGUUACUAUCCAGAAAAACGGUACUACGAAGACUCCGAAACCGGCCAUCCUUCUCUAGCAAGAUCCCUGAGCCAGCCGAGCUUGGCCAGAUCGGCCAGCGAGUUUACUGAACGAUGGGUGGCUCCAUCCAGAUACGACACCGCCAGCGAGUUUACAUCACCAGAAGGCACGCCGAAAUCGCAGCGCAGCUCGAGAUUCCAGCAGCAACAGCAGCAGCAGCUGCAGCGCAGCAGCGAGCAGCGGGCGGUGUGGCAGGCCAGCCAGGCGAGCGGCGGCGCGGCGCCGCGUGGGGGCGGCCAAAUGGUGAUCCAAGAGUACAGAAGCGAAGCGUCCGCCAGCUAUUCGGGGAGGGCGGCCAGGCCGCCCAAGGGGUGGUUCGGGGACAACGACAGCGAAGCUAGCUACAAGUAA